GCUAUGAGAAGAAUGGCCUGUAGGCGGCAGAAAAACAACACAGAUGCGUCCACCCGGCCUGACGCGUGAGGAAGAAGAAGAAGAACCGGAAGUUUAUUUUAAACGGAUUUACUUCAGUACAGUGUUAGCUGUUCUUGUUCAAUUUGGCUGUGGAGCGACUGUAAGCAUGUCAGAAAGAAAAGUAUUGAAUAAAUAUUACCCUCCGGACUUUGAUCCGGCCAAAAUCCCGAAACUUAAACUUCCCAAAGAUCGACAGUAUGUGGUCAGAUUGAUGGCACCUUUCAACAUGAGGUGUAAAACCUGCGGCGAGUACAUCUACAAAGGAAAGAAGUUCAAUGCACGUAAAGAGACAGUCCAGAACCAACUGUACAUGGGACUCCCCAUCUUCCGCUUUUACAUCAAGUGUACUCGGUGCCUGGCGGAGAUUACCUUCAAGACGGAUCCGGAGAACACGGACUACGCCAUGGAGCACGGCGCCACCCGAAAUUUCCAGGCGGAGAAACUCAUCGAGGAGGAGGAGAAGCGAAUCCAGCAGGAGCGAGAGGACGAGGAGCUCAACAACCCCAUGAAGGUGCUGGAGAACCGCACCCGGGAUUCCAAGAUGGAAAUGGAGGUGCUGGAGAACCUCCAGGAGCUAAAGGAUCUGAACCAGAGACAGGCCCAGGUGGACUUUGAGGGGAUGCUCGGCCAGUACCGAGAACUGGAGAAGAGAGAAAGGGAGCGCGAGAAAGAAGAAGACGAGCGGGAGACCAAAGACAUGUUGGAGCGAGCGCUGGUGAAAAGAUUGCGAGACUCUGAUUCUGACAACGAAGAGGACGGCGGCAGCAACAGCCGAGACGUUUCGUCGGUAAAGUCCUCCAACGCGGACAAUCCGACGGACAUCCUCACGGCCGACAAACCCGCAGAAACACAUGGGACCGUCACGGCGAAAAAGGCCAAAAUGGAGAGCUGGGAGAAGAGUGUGGGCACGCUGGGUGCAGGUGGCGCUCUAGGAUCACUCGUCGUACGCAAGAAAACGGCAGUCAAGACCACUGCUGCGAGCUCACAAACGGUUAACAGUCCAGGCUUUAUAAACAAAAAGUUGCCCCCGGUUGGCGACACGGCUAACCUUUCAACUCCUUGUGCGGCUGCCUCGAAAGGAUCGUCGUCGCUCAGUCUGCUGGGUGCUUAUUCAGACAGUGAGAGCGGUGACAGCGAAUGAGGGUGAACAUGCAUCUGUGCACCCGUGAUAUAAUGCCAUUCGUGAAAUAAGUUUUAGUGCAUAAAUAAAUUCUCUUUGAAUGUAA